AUGUCCGCCUUCGUCGCCGGACACACCGCGCCGCCGCUCCCGGCCAGUGGCGUCGCGCCACGUCAGCCCCGCCACCCUCUCUCUCCUCCCCGCCGCCCGUGGCCCGCUGCGGCCCAGGCGCGGCCCGCCCAGGCCCGCGUGCCCCGCCGCCGCCCGGGCCAGCGCCGCCGCCCGCCGCCCGAUCCCGCCGGCCACCGCGCGCCUCGCCGGUGCCGCGCGCGCCCGCCGCCGCGAGCCCCGUCUCCAGCGCCGGACCCCGCCGCCGCGCCCUCUGCGUCCGCGCUCGCCGGUGACGCCCGAGCCCGCCGGCCGGCUGGCCUCCGCCUCCGCCGGCCAUCCCGAGCUCCGGCCCGUCCCCGCGCCAUGGCCUCCGCCUACUCGUCGUUCCCGCGCCGCCCCGCGCCGGAUCCGGCGAGAUCCGGCCGGAGGUCUCCCCCGCCCCGGAUCCGCCUCCCCGCACCUUCCUCGUCUGCUCCGGCGAGCUCUCCGGCGAGAUCCGCCGCCACCUCUCCUGUGCGUUGA